AAAUAGUACAUGUAGAUUAACUAAGUAAGGAAAUGUUAGUUCUUAUAUUAAUUACUUUAUAUCAACUUGUUCCAGUAUCAGAAACUGAAGUGGUAACAUUAAGCGGAUUAGGGGCAGAAUAUAAUAAAACUGGACUUGUGGAAGAAACCUGUGGAAUAGACAACUCUAAACAGGAAGAAGUGCAAGAAGGAGCCUCCUUUAUUGAAACGUACCCAUGGUUUGGAGUUAUUGUUUUUCCAUUAGAGGGUCUAAUAACAUCAUCACCGGUAGUAUUGAUUACGAAACAAUUGGUAAUCGGUGCUGCUAUCGAAAUAGCAAAUCUUCCAAAAGUCGAUUUCAGGAGUAGAACUAAGGUAAUCCUCGGUACCAACUGCAAAGGAACCAAGCACAGUGUUGUAGAAUAUUCCUAUCAUCCGGAUUUCCAGAAAAAUACAUACAGUUCACUUGUUUUGAUUCAAAUACAACCAGACUUUACAGUAGAGCUACGGCCUAUCUGUGCGCCUCCAAGUAUGAUCAAUAAGCCAGAUUUCUAUGCUGUUUCUCUUGCAGAAGAUUGCAUGUCGUCAGCACUAGAAAUUUAUAAAAUGUCGUACGUCGAUACAAAAGAAUGCAAAUCAUACUAUCGCAGAACUGGUUUAAAUGUCAAGAGUAUCUGGCCGAAGUACACUGUGUGUGCGAAAGCACAACGCGGGGGCGAGUGUCUUUGGCAGAGUGGUGUAUUUCUCGUUACCAAACAUGAAAAAAGAUGGAGACUGAUAGGAUUUGGUAUUUACGGUCCCGGCUGUUCGUCUCCCUCUAGGUUCCUGGACUACGGGAUGUACCACCAAUGGGUGCGCACCAACAUACAGAGGAUCGGCCGACCAGCUAUCACCAGACUGGCUGGAAACCACAUCGUUAUGAGAAGACGUUUAACAGCAGUACAGAGAUUUGGGCCUUGCGAUCCAGAAGAAACGAGAGUCGAAAUCUUCUCUGACCACACCUCUAUACAACCGGUUACCGCAAAACCUCGAAAUGCCUACUAUAACUUCACAAUCCUGGCUGGAUACGAGUAUUCAUGCAUCGUGUUCAGAGCCAACCAAGAAAUAGGAGAAGAACCAACAAUCCAUUUAAAAAGGAUGUGCAUAGCUAAACACAUAGCUUGCUAUCAAUUCACAACACUACAAAUCGAUUUCGAAGUCACCGUCGGGUACUUCGAUAAAGUUGAAUACCAUAUUAAUGUUUACGGCAUAGAGUUAAAACUAUUAGAUGCAAAGAGAAUGAAUGUACUCGCGAAUAAACGACAUUUUUAUCCACCGAUAGAUAAGACGUAUACACCUUACAUUUACUCUGGAUGGGGAAUUGGAUAAAACGAAAAAAAACGAGAAAACGAUGUUACCGGUGGCAAGAUUGUCUUUUG